UUUAACUUAUGCAACUUUGUAUACACUGGGAGUUGCGCUCAUGUUGGUGCAAAGUGAGUAAAAAUGAGUUAAGUAAUGUACAUAAUGUAGUUAUGUGCGCUUAGUGUGCUUCGCGAUAACAAGUUUUCACUAUUUUGCAUCGAUUUCGUGCAAAUAAUGUACGCGCACACUCGGCGUCAUGGACGAUGAUCAAGUAAUCCACUCUGGUAUCCUGCUCACACAACCAAACAGCAAAUUAAUCCUAAAAAAAACAUGGCAACCAAAAUUCUGUAUGCUUUACAAAGCGAGCAAAUCCGGCGUGGAGCGCAUGGAAAUCUACGAUGACAUUGAUGAGGCACGAAAAGGCAGCCAGGGAAAAAUAAUCACCUUAAAAGAUUGCGUCAAAGUUUCCCGUAAAAGCUCCACAUACUUUACUAUUGUAACCAAGUCUGGUUUCUAUGAAUUCGGCACAUGUACUGAACAGUGUCUGCACGAAUGGGUGAAUGCAUUGCAAAUGGUGGCAUUCAGAGACAACUCAUCCAAGAUCACAACCCUUGUGGAAGAUAAUGAUUUGUACUGUUCGACAGGCGAAGGGAUUUUCAGCGUGCGUUUGGUUGAAACCGAAGCAUCAAUUCGGUGCAAUUUAUUACAGAAAAUCUAUGUUUUGGCUCUGACUCCAAUUGCUGUUCAAUUGAGGGAAGCAGGUGAUAAUUCACUGCUGUAUACAUGGCCGUAUCAGUUUAUCAGGCGGUAUGGCUACAGCAGUGGAAAGUUUACAUUUGAAGCCGGCCGGAAAUGUGACUCAGGCGAAGGGAAAUUCCUUUUAGAACAUUCCAAUGAACAGGAAAUAUUUCGAUACAUCACAAUGAAGAUGAAAUCAAUGAAGAAACUAUUAAAAACCGACUCGGCAAGCAGUCUGGAAUGCGGAGAUAAACAAUUCCAAGCUGUUUUGAACAUGGAAGCACGCAGUCGGAGUCCAUUACCACCAUCACCGACAACUUCAACCUCUCUGCAAGAUGUCGAACAGUUUUCCCAAGAUGUUUCCGAAAAACUACAAAUAAAAGCACCGCAGAAACCUCCCCGAAAGAAACUACCGCCAUCUACAUCAUCAUCAACGCAACAACUAUUACAAUCACACUCGGAUGUUGAUUAUGAAUUUGUUUCCAAGUACGACGAAGUUGAAAUCCGUGAUAAAGCAUGGCAGACACUCGGAACAGACGAAGUCAAACACAACGAACACAUUGAGGACAACUACGAAGAAGAUUACAUGUCGUGGGGAUCGAAAAUGUUCAGCGCAGGCACAGCGAGUGUUUCCACAGCGUCAAAAGUAAUCACCGCGCCGGAGGAUGAUGAUCCAGAGAGUUAUGACAAGUUAAACUUCUUUGGAUCAUCGGGAAAGUUACACCUUUCCGGUUAUAAACAGGUACGGCCCAAUCCGAACGCACCGCCGGCGACACCCGCCUUCAAUGAGUAUGAUGAAGUGCAUACUUUCGAAAGUAUUCGCCCGGCGGACGAUUCGCACUUGGGUUAUGCGGUUAUACGCAAAAAAGAACCGCAGGUGAGUCACAAGUCGUUUAAUGACACCGAGUACGCGGUUAUUAGCAAACCAAAAAGAGUCUAGUCGUUUAUUUACGUACUCGCCAACGACUUGGAUGCAUUUCUGAUGAUGACGGUGCUGUUUUUAUUUGUGCCAAUGAAAUUGACAUGAAAUAUUGGUCAAUGUAUGUUUUAAUCGUUGAAAUAAGUGAUAACAAGUCUAGAAUAUGUCAAAAUGUGACAUAACCUUAAAAUUUAACUAUUCUAGACUUAAUUAUCACAAAUAUGACAAGAAAUUUACCAAUUUUAACUAUUUUAUCUUAUUUUAUAAGAAAUUACCGCAGGAUUUUAAAAUAUUCUUCAUAAACAAGUGCCUUGAAUCAAUUUUUAACUGUUUUUGACAGAUUUUUGACAUUUGACAGUGGAAACUGUUCCAAAUUGAAGCAGAAUGAUUGCAAUGAAGUGCCAUUAGGAUUUUAAGCAUGAAACGCGUAUAUGUUUGAUAGAAAUUUGUACUUUAUUACAAUUUAUAUUUUAUUACAA